ACUCAUAUGUGAUUCAAAAUAAUACACCAGCAACUAAUAAUACAUUACGUAUCUUAAUCAUACAAUAUCGUUUUCGAUGUAAUAAAACCAUGACUCAGUGUCCCAAAUUUUAAAUGCAUUAAAUGAUUUUCAAUAUAUAUUUUUGCCCUCUUGAAAGAAAACAAAAAUGAUUUUCAUAUAUUUAUUCUGGGAGAAAUCCACUUUAGACCGUUGUAUGCUUGGCUGGUUUUGCUUAUAUAUAUAUAUAUUGAACUACCCAGCAGCACUUGCAUUUGUGUAGCAGUCUUUCCUGAAGUGUGUUUUUGGUGCUGGUAUCAGGGUAAAACACAGAUGACAGGGCUUAAGGAAGGAGGGGAGCGGGUGACUCUUGAUCUUCUCACGAAGAAAAUGGACGACUUUGCUAGGGAAAGAGAUUGGGAACGUUUCCACAGCCCCAGAAAUCUUCUCCUGGCUUUGGUUGGAGAAAUGGGGGAACUUUCUGAGAUAUUCCAGUGGAAAGGAGAGGUGCCAAAGGGACUACCAAACUGGAAAGAUGAAGAGAAACAACACCUGGGGGAGGAGCUUUCAGACGUGUUACUCUACCUCGUUAGACUCUCAGAUGUCUGUGGGGUUGACCUUGGUAAAGCCGCCCUUAGGAAAGUGGAACUUAAUGCCCUCAAAUAUCCGGUGAAUGUUGACGGUGGCUCUAAGAAGCAGGAGUUGUAAACUAGUAAUACUACAACUUGUUCCUGUCAUUCUGCGGGAUUUACUAGUUACUACUAUCAAGAAUCAAGAAGAUCAGUUGAUUUUCUACCAAAAAAAAAAAAAAGAGAGAGAAGGGAAGAAGACCAGCUGUUUCAUAUCACACAUACCCCAAAAAAAAAGGCUGGGGGGUUGGGGGUGGCCAGUUGUUGGUUUGCUUUCCAAUGGAAAGUAUUGGGUCCUGCGUGCAGGUUUUUAUGGCAGUUUUUGCAGUACAGGAAAUAGACUUUUUUCUAGGCUUAUUAGUUUUAAUUGGAGUGUGGCUUUUCUGGGACGGAUGGUGUUUAUUUUGGCAUUAAUUUCUGGGAGAUUUUGUGACUGCUUUGGCAGUCGAACAGAAUCCCUCUUUCUGGGCAACUCUGAACAGAUGCAUAAGACAUGAAUGUCUCACAGUCCGGCAGCAUUAAUCAAUGCUAGCUGCAAAUUGUGGUUUCUCUAUUUCUUUUAUAUUAUUUGUUUCCCCUCAACCUCAA